GUUUUACAGAAUCAUUCAGAGAGCACCAGCUGGAGCCCAUAGCAGCAGUGUAUGCCACCAGUGAGGAAACCUGAGAGCACAGGACUCACCACUUUUGUAGCAAUCAGUGAGCGAGACUGCUUUUUGAUGAGAAGCAGACCAGAUGCAUCUCAGAACUACCUGAUGAGUUCCUGUGAUUUCAUCUCAGUUCUCAGAAUUCCAGCUUCAUAAACGAUCCACAAAGGAGGCCUGCAGGAAAGAGCAGUCAAGGCCAUGGCCUCAGCAAACCUGUAAGACAACAGGAAGCUUGUUCCAGAGGAUGUGAUUGGAAUGAGGUUUGAAGCAGAUAUUGUUAUAGGAAAUGGGCUUUGACUGUUAGGCACCUGGAUGAAGAGCCUUGGGUUCAGCCUGUCAGAGUCCCGUAACCCGCAAAGACCCUCUGGUUGUCCUAGGAUCUUUCAAUUGAGGUAAGAAGAUGGCCUAUCAGAAGGUCAAUGCAGAUCAAAGAGCUCCAGGACAUUCACAGUACUUAGACAAUGAUGACCUUCAAGCCACUGCCCUUGACCUAGAGUGGGACAUGGAAAAGGAACUGGAGGAGCCAGGUUUUGACCAGUUUCACCUAGAUAGUGCUGAGAAUCAGAACCUGGAGACUUCAGAGACUGCAGACCUCAAUCUUGAUUCCAUUCAACCAGCAACUUCACCCAAAGGCAGGUUUCAGCGACUUCAGGAAGAGUCUGACUAUGCUACCCGCUAUACUAGAUCUGCACCAAAGAGCAGCCGCUGCACCUUUUGCCGCCUUGUAAAAAUACUUUGUACAGCGAUCAUUUUGUUUAUCUUUGGAAUUUUGAUAGGCUAUUAUGCACAUAAAAAAUGCCCUUCAAAUGCUACAUCUUCAAGAACACUUGAUCAUCAGUUAUAUCAAGAGAUUCUCAAGACAAUCCAAGCAGAAGAUAUUAAGAAGACUUUCAGAAAUUUGAUGCAACUGUACAAAAGCGAAGAUGACACAGAAAUUUCAAAGAUGAUUAAGGCUCAGUGGACUUCUCUGGGCCUAGAAGAUGUGCAGUUUGUAAAUUACUCUGUGCUGCUGAGUCUGCCAGGCCCUUCUCCCAGCUCUGUGACGCUGAGCAGCAGUGGCCAAUGCUUUCAUCCCAACAGCCAGCCUUGCAGUGGAGAAGCCAGGACACACAGCAGCCAAGAUCUGCUUUCCUCAUAUGCAGCCUAUUCUGCCAAAGGAACUCUCGAGGCUGAAAUCAUUGAUGUGAGUUAUGGAAAUGCAGAUGAUUUAAAAAGGAUAAAAAAUAUGAGAAAUAUAACAAACCAGAUUGCACUCCUGAAAUUAGGAAAAUUGCCACUACUUUAUAAGCUUUCCCUCCUGGAAAAGGCUGGAUUUGGAGGUGUCCUACUAUAUGUUGAUCCUUGUGAUUUACCAAAGACUGCAAAUCUUGACGAGGACGCUUUCAUGGUGUCACUGAAUCCAGGAGGAGACCCUUCUACGCCUGGUUAUCCAAGUAUCGUUGGAAGCUUUAGACAAAACCGAUGGAACCUCACCUCUCUACUAGUGCAGCCCAUCUCAGCGGCACUCGUGGCAAAACUGAUCUCUUCGUCCAAAGAUGGAACCAAAGACAGUGUCUGUCGCCCUCUAGAACUUCCACCUCAUGAAAAAAUAAUGGUCAAGAUGCAAGUUCAAACAGUCACAUCAUUCAAAACAAUUACUAAUGUUGUUGGAUAUUUAAAGGGUUUGACUUCUCCAGACCGGUAUAUCAUAGUUGGCAGUCACCAUCAUACAGCAUCCAGUUACCGGGGGCAAGAAUGGGCCAGCAGCACUGCCAUCAUCACAGCUUUCAUCCAGGCCUUGAUGUUAAGAGUGAAGAGAGGGUGGAGACCAGACCGCAGCAUUGUUUUCUGUUCCUGGGGAGGAACAGAGUUUGGCAAUAUUGGCUCAUAUGAAUGGGGAGAGGAUUUCAGGAAGGUUCUGCAGGAAAAUGUUGUGGCUUAUGUUAGUCUCCAUAGUCCCAUAAGGGGUAACUCAAGUCUAUAUUCUGUAGCUUCACCAUCUCUUCAGCAACUGGUGGCAGAGAAAAAUAAUCUCCACUGUUUCAGAAGAGCGCAGUGCCCAGAAACCAAUGUCAGUUCCGUACAGAUACAAGGUGAUGCAGAUUAUUUCAUCAACCACCUUGGAGUUCCCAGUGUGCAAUUUGCUUAUGAGGACAUCAAGUCAUUACAGGAUCCAAGUUUUCUCUCAGAGGCCCUUUUCCCUAAAGUUGCAACAAAAAUUGAAGAAAUGGAUCCUUUUUUCAAACUUCAUGAAACCAUUACCAAGCUCUCAGGAGAAGUGAUUUUACAGAUUGCCAAUGAACCAGUUCUGCCAUUUAAUGUUCUUGACAUAGCUUUGGAAGUUCAAAAUAGCCUUAAAGGUGAUCAACCCAACACUCACCAACUGCUAGCCCUAGCCUCACGCCUGCGAGAAAGUGCUGAACUCUUUCAGUCAGAUGAGAUGCGUCCUGCUAACGACCCCAGGGAGAGAGUCCCAGUGCGUGUCCGAAUGCUGAAUGACAUUCUCCAAGACAUGGAGAAGAACUUCCUGGCUCAGCAAGUGCCACCAGGUUUUUACAGAAACAUCCUAUACCACCUUGAUGAGAAGACAAGCCAGUUCUCAAUCCUCCUGGAGGCCUGGGAGCGCUGCAAGUCUCUUGCAUCCAACGAGACCUUCCAGGAAGCCCUGUCCAAGGUGUUGCACAGCAUUAAUUCAGCUCAGGUUUACUUCAAAGCAGGACUUGAUGUGUUCGACAGUGUCUUGGUUGGAAAGAAUUGAGAAAACUCUCAGCAUUUUAAAAAGUUUGUUUACAAUUCCUCAAGCAAAAGCUCUAAUCUGGUCAGACUUUCUGAUAUUGAAGACUUCCCCUCACCCCCCGAUGGCUUUUUAUACAAAUCUAAAGCUAUGAUUAGAUUGUAUUUUUAAUAGACAUAUAUAAGAAGAGCAUUUUGCACAAUUAAUAUUUUUCUUAUUUCUGUAUUUCUGAAUAUGCAAAAGCAAGUUAUUGAAAUGACACUUAAGAUUUAUCUAUUAAAAAGAGAUCUACUGUAUUUUUAUAUAUAUAUAUGUAAAAUAUUUGGGGGGAAGCGUUCCAAGUUUUGGACAAUCUUCACUCCUAUGGAUAAAGCACAUAGGAACAGAAGUUGUUCCUUGUGUUAGAGCAUUUAAUGGCCUACUUUCUGCAAUAGAAAUGGAGGGUUGAUGUGGUUGCAGAUUAAUUCGCUAUUAGGUAUUCAUUAUGAAGAAUUCAAGUAUUCUGACUGAGUGAUUGGUUGACCAAACCCACUUUGAAUGUUUCUAUUUUAUGAAAUGAAGUGCCUGUUCAUAACACAACUAGAUGUAGUAAUACACUGGUUAUGAAAAUGUAUUUUUGUAAGUAUUAAUGAAAAAAAUAAGAGCCAUAAACAUUCCAGGGAAAAAUCUCCAGGUAGCUGCACAGAGCAAUUUAAAUGCAAAUUUUUUCUAACAACUUAUAAGGUGACAAGCUUUGAAACCCUUAAUUUGCCUCAGUUGAUUUUGUAGAAAUCCAGGGGUGAUAUUUGUCUUAUAAGGGAGACAAUAUUUCUAAUUUCUUCUUGUGUUGUUUCGGUUGGAAGCCCUGAAACAGAGCUAUUCUAAAAUGAAAGCAUCUCACAUUCUUUGAAAACCCCAAGCAUCUUAAAAAGCAUUAAAUUGCUAUUUUUGCCACUGACAUAAAGGACUUACUAUGAGAGAAAUAGUUGUUUUGAUCAAUGGAAAAGGCUCCUGAAAUCUAUGAGGAAAUGUUCAAUAUGUUUUUUCUUUUUUAUCCUUAGUUGUGACUAAAAGUGAACAUAGAUAUAAUAGUCAUAAUCCUAAUUUUAUGCAUAAAAACAGUGUUUUGCUGUAUGAAUAUGUCUUUCCCACACUUCAAUUAUUUGCUCUUGUGGAAAAUGAAACUCUGCAUAGUGACAUUGUCAUUGACUGGCCCUGACAUCCAUGAUUCCCCCAACACCUUAGGAUUCUGUUAGGUGACAGUUUAAACUUUUAGCUUGCCCUUGAGAAUUGAUUUAAGUGUUUUUCUUCUGAUAUUGGAUAAAGGAAAUCCCCUGAGGAAACAUAUUUUCAGAAUAUUUUAUGUGACCCGUUUCUCUUUCCCAGCACAAUAAACACACUCCCCCAUUAUACAAGGACAAAGCAACACUGCAGACAGUGCCUGUGUGUCUAAAUCUUCACUUUUUACGGAUGAGCAUAAACCUAUAAACCUAAUCUUAGUUUAAAGGAACCCUAAAGUUGAAGGGAAAGAAUUAAUCAGUAUUGAUUAAUUGAUUUAUAAGGCUCGGCUGUUCCUACCCUAAGUAAUGUUUAUAUGCUCAAGGCAGAGAAUUGAGGCAAUUAGCUAGAUAAUUCAAGCAGAAAUCCACUUUCAUACAAAUUGCCUGUCUGCACAUUAGUUUUACAUGAGAAAUGAAACCGCUUGAAUUUU